CAAACCCCAUUUCCCAACCCUCUUCUUCUUCUUCUUCUUCUUAAAUUGCAGAAAGUUCAGAAGAGAUCGAAAUGUGUAUCAGUUCCUCAGAGUGGAUUCAAUCCCAUAACCUUUACAUUUCUAUGCAUAAACAGCGAUCAAAGCGCUCCAAGGUUCAAGUUCAGGGGCUAAUUACAAGGAGGAGGAAGAGAAGAGAGGAGAAGAGUGAUGGAGAGAAGGAUAUAACAGUGAUGAUACUGCAGAACUUGAAGCUGUACAUGGAGAAUAUGAGUAUAUUACAAGAAAAUGAGAGGUUGAGGAAGAAGGCUAGCUUGCUCCAUACAGAAAACCUUACUUUAAUGUAUGAGUUAAGUUCCAACAGAUAUUUUCUUGCCUCCUCCUCUACCACCACCCAACUAUGCAAUAAUCAUCUUAGCUAGCUGCUAGCCUCGAGGACUGGAUCGAAACAAUAAGCGUUGAGAGAACUCUGAUCUUCGAUCUCCAGAAUUGAUUCGAUCUGAAUUUUCCACCAAAUUCCAUGUUAUUAUGUGUGUAAGCAGCCAUAUUGGUGAUCAAUUAAGAUGUAGUUUCAAUUUUGUUCAUCAUUUUAAUUUCUUGCGAUUUCAAUGUAUUUCUCAUAAAUUAGAGUUCACAUAUAUAUGUUGUAUGUUAUGCCAAGCUUCUAAUAAAAAAAUUUCUUUUGUUUAA